UCUUCGUUGCCUUUUUCCCUUAUCGUAUCGCGAUCGAUCCUAUCAAGCGAUUUUGGAGCAAUAAAAGUGCACCAGCCGAUCGGAAAGCGAAGCGAGGACCACUUCGAUUCGUCACGGUGGGCGCCAACCGGAGCCCCACCGGUAUUCUCCACUCGCAUGGUGGGAUUUUUAUUUGGAAGGCGGCGAAUAAGGCGAGCAAAUCCACUCCUUUUUUCAGCGGUUGAUUUCUGAGAUCGAGGAAGAAGGUCGAGAAGGAGAGAGAGGUGGCGCCGCCGAUGAUGGCCGAGAUUUGCCCCACUCGUUCCGCCCGCGCCGUUGUCGCUUUCAGGACGGAGCCGGAACGCCGCCGUCUGCUUUGCUUCCUCCCCAAAAUCGUGCCUUUCGCCUGUGCCAAUAUUGUUUCCGGCGCAAGAAGGGUCCUUGUCGGGCCUUCCUAUGCCGCCUCCAGCGACAGAGGUCUCGGUCUCUCGGAGGGGGACGCCUCUUCUUCUUCGAAGCUUUCCUCUCUACUUGGAUUCCCCCGAAUGAAGGAGGAAGAGGAGGAAAAGUAUGCGAGAGAGCUCGACGUGGCGGUGAGAGUGGUUCAGAUGGCGUGUUCGUUGUGCCAACGGGUCCAGAGCCGGCUGGUGGCGCGGGAGAAGGGAAAGGUAACGUCGAAGGAGGAUAAUUCUCCGGUUACUGUCGCAGAUUGGGGAGUUCAAGCAUUAGUUAGUUGGCUUCUAUCGAACUACUUUGGGAGUGAACAUAUAUCAAUUGUUGCAGAAGAAGAUGUCUCUACUCUGUCAAGAGAGGAUGGCACAGUUUUGCUUCAAUCUGUGACGAGUUCUGUCAAUGAAUGUCUCUUUGAAGCUCCGAAAUAUGGACUGAAAGCCCCUCUGAAGCCUUUGGAGGCUCAGGAAAUUCUUGAUGCCAUUCGCAGCUGUAACUCUACUGGCGGUUCAAAGGGAAGAUUUUGGGUCCUCGAUCCUGUGGAUGGAACUCUCGGAUUUGUGCGUGAAGACCAAUAUGCUGUAGCUCUUGCCCUGAUAGAGGAUGGGGAGGUUGUCCUUGGUGCUCUUGGUUGCCCCAACUAUCCGAGAAGGAAGGAAUGGCUCAACUAUCAUCAGCGAUACUAUAGGCUCAUGACUACUUUAUCUCCUCCUGCGUCUGGAUCAUGGCAUAAAGGUUGUGUAAUGUAUGCUCGAAAAGGUACCGGUGAAGCUUGGAUGCAGCCACUCAUUCAUGACUUUGAGAAGUUUGAUUGGCACAACUCUGCUAGGAUGAUUCGUGUAUCGUCCAUUACUGAUCCUGCUUCUGCGACAUUUUGUGAACCUGUUGAGAAGGCCAACUCAAGCCACUCCUUCACAGCCGGAUUGGCUCACAGUGUCGGUCUAAGAAAACAACCAUUGCGAGUUUACAGUAUGGUGAAAUAUGCUGCCAUAGCUAGAGGAGAUGCAGAAAUAUUCAUGAAGUUCGCGAGGGCUGGGUACAAGGAGAAGGUCUGGGAUCAUGCGGCAGGAUCUGUGAUCAUACAAGAGGCUGGUGGAGUGGUCACUGAUGCUGGUGGACGGACAUUGGAUUUCUCCAAAGGUAUUUACCUUGAAGGCCUAGACCGGGGAAUAAUUGCUUGCUCCGGGCCAUUACUGCAUGAGAAGAUACUAAAAGCCGUCGAUGCUAGCUGGGGCUCAUCAAACUUAUAGCAACUACUGCGAAACAUGCUGCAAAAAGGAAUGAUCAUUAUAUUCAGAUGAGCGCGCCGUUUGGUCCUCAUCCAGUUCUGAUGGUGAUGAAACUAAAUAAGUUGCAGAUUGGUCAGCUUCCAAUUCGGAACGUCAAGUAAAGGAAGAAGAGAGGUGUUCUUUUCAAUGGAACCAAAGUAUUUUAUCCACACUUUUUAGGCAUCAUAAACUAUUUUGUUUGACCCUUGUCAAAAGGAUUUUGUUUUAAGAGAUUCUUAUUGUAGUUCAGGUGUUCUUAAGCAUUCAUCAUAAAGUAUAAUAUGAUUCAUCAUGAAUCAACAAUUAUUUUGUAAAUAGUUUUAAAGUUUCUUAUAAGUUAAUCUCACUUGGUGGGAUAAAGACUUACAAUCAUUCAUUUAUGUAAUUCUCAGUUUUAAGUUUUUA